AUGAUUAUUAAGGCAUAUCAACAAUGGGCGAAGGUUCAUAAGAAUGUUGAUAAGAAACUUCCUGGUUUAACGAAAUAUUCUGCGGAACAAAUGUUCUUUCUUAACUUUGGUCAUGUAUGGUGUACGAAAAUGACAGAUGAAUCUAUACUUUCUUAUCUAAUUUCGGAUAAACAUUCACCUGAACGAUUCAGAGUAAAUGGUCCAACUUCGAAUUUUGUAGAGUUUGAUCGAGUAUUUGGCUGCAAGCCAGGUCAAGGCAAUAGCCGAGUGAACAAAUGUAACGUGUGGUAA